GUCAGUAUUAGAGGAUACGACGUUGCAACUGUGAUCAAGGCUGCAGAUUGUCUCUUUUAGGAAAGAUGAACAAGAGAACUCUGGUUCACUUAGAUGAGCGAAUUUUAAAAAGGUGAAGGAAAGAAAGAAGAAAAAUAGCCUGACCCUGACCGAGGCAAAAAUCCAACAUUUCCGUGGUUGCGGUGGGUAUGGUUUGGUUCGAUCAAACGACGAAAACAAAAAAAAAAAAAAUGACAGACGCAAGUAAUGAUGCGUGCAGUAGCGGAGCGGUUCGUUCAACGGCGUCAGUGUCUCGGCUCGGUCUGUUCCAAGGGGUCCCCGAGGAGGCAGAUAAGGCAGGGUGCAAGGUUGAGCUUGCACAAAAUUACCGGUAUUAUGGGCCGAUCAUCGGGAUUUAUGCAGUAUCAAAAACAAAGCCGUGUGGCCCAAGCCUGGACGGUUCCCGCUGCCUAACCCAAGUGACGAGGCGGCCAAGGCGACGGCGGCAACCACUAGUUUCUGGGACCUUUUUUUUUCGUUGCCGAUUGCUCCCUCUUUUCGUCAACCAACCCCCCCCAUAGUACUGUAUGUGCUCACUACAAAUUCAGCAAUAUAGCCAGGAAUUCGGGUCACGUCUGUGCGGGAACGGAACGGCUGCUGGCUCAACAAAGCUGAUGGUCCACGAUCUGUUCGCCUCCCAAGGGGGAGGGAGGGUCUGGUUCGCCGGCUAGCAAAUCCGAUUUCCGAAGCUACUUGCAAGUGUGUCAUGGACUCGCAGGACUCGGUAAUCUACGUCGAGUCUUUAUGGUGCACAACGAUAAUAAUCCGAAUCGCGGCAUAGCAACAGUUUUUUAUACCUACCAAUACUUGCCAGAGCGCCGACAAGAGAGAAAAAAAAAAGAAAAAAAAGACAGGGCCUUGUUUAUUUGUUUUGUUUUAUUGCUUUCAUUCUCACUCUUUUUUGACUCGCUAGACUUUUGGAUAAAAGCCACGGCUUCCUACCUUUCUACCUGGGGAAAAACAGGCCUUCAAAGUCUUUAAUCGGAAACGAAUUACCUCCGAGUGUAACACGCAAUAGUGUAUCGAUUUGGUUGCUUUCCUUGUCUUUCAUUAUUUAUUCUUCUCUCGAUCCCGCCCUUUGUGCCACCACACUGUGAAAUUCGCAAUCGGGGUUCUUUCUUUUUUUCUUUUUUUUCUCUCUCUUUCUCUUUCUCUCUCUACUCUUUGUUGCUUAUUUCCCAUGUGGUGAUUGUGAUUGCAUCUGUACCCAAUACGCCUCAAGCAACUUUUCGUCCGUUAAAUAACCGCCCUGCCGUGUUGAUCGUAUGCGAGUUCCCCCUUGCUGCAGAUCUCCAAACAAUCGUCGGACUCGAGGGACAAAAAAGCACCUUGUCCCAACUUCCCAAAAAGGCUCUCGAGUCAAGCUUCUUUGACCACGAUAAGCUAUCGAUAUCUUUUUUUUUUUUUUUUUUUUUUCGUCUUCCGUCCGUACUCCAACCUCACCCUUACUUUUUUUGUGCAAACCAGCUACCUCCCUGGCGCCAAGAUUGUGAUUCUCGCCACGCACAAGGAUACUCCAGCCGCC